AUGGCUCGCUUUCCAACUUGGUUUGCUCUGUUGAGCCUAAUUGCGCAGGCUCAUGGCCAGCCGUGCGAUGUGAAGUACCCUCCUCAGACGAAACCAGUCGAGACCAGACAAUUUAGCAACAGCCGUGGCGCUGUUGCCUGUGAGAGUGAGAUAUGUUCGACGAUUGGUAUCAAUAUUCUCAGACAGGGCGGCAACGCAGCCGACGCGAUGGUCGCCACCGUUCUUUGCGUGGGAACAGUCGGCAUGUAUCAUUCUGGAAUCGGAGGCGGCGGCUUCAUGCUCAUUCACAAACCCGAUGGCAAGAAUAAAACCCAGCCCUACGAAUUUGUCGACUUUCGCGAAACAGCACCUGCGGCAGCUACGGAGAACAUGUUCAAGAAUAAUGUCAACGCCAGCAUAUAUGGAGGACAGGCCAGUGGUGUACCCGGUGAAUUGCGAGGUCUGGAGCAUUUGCACAAGAGCUAUGGCCAUCUACCUUGGGCGAAGCUCGUCCAGCCAGCAAUUGACGUGGCCCGCUACGGAUUUCCAGUUAACAACGAUACUCUCAAAUUUAUGAAGAUGACUUACAGCAAAGCUGAGAACGAGAGCUUUUUGUUUAACGAUCCCGCAUGGGCAAUUGAUUUUGCACCCGCUGGAAGAUUACUCAAAUUCGGCGAGAAGCUCACGCGCAAGAGAUAUGCCGAUACGCUCGAGACUAUCGCUGCCAAGGGAGCCGGUGCAUUUUACGAGGGACCUAUCGCCGAUGCGACUAUCAGGACUUUGAAGCAGAAGAAGGGUAUCAUGACGACGGAUGACCUGAAGAACUACUCCGUGGCGAUCCGAGAGCCUUCCCAGAUCAACUACCGAGGUGGAAAGGUCACCAGCGGGUCAGCACCCUCAAGUGGUGCAGUCGUCGCAGCUGCGUUGAACAUCCUCGACGGUUAUGACUUCCUGGGUGAUCCCAGACGAGUCAAUGACAGCGCUUAUCUGCUCGACGAAGCAUUCAAGUUCGGCUACGGAAUGCGAAGUAAUCUCGGCGAUCCAACCUUUGUCAAAGGUCUGGUUGAGUAUCAAUCACAGAUGUACUCCAACGAUACCGCACAGGAGAUUCGCGCUAAAUUAGACGGACGUGCUCUCGCAGUCAAGGAUUAUGACCCCAAAGGUCUUGAAAGCUUAGACACACCUGGCACUUCACACAUCGUAACCAUGGACAAUUCAGGGCUUGCCAUCUCCCUCACGACGACAAUCAACCUCGGCUUCGGUUCGCAAGUUAUUGUUCCCGAGACUGGCGUUAUCAUGAACAACGAGAUGAACGAUUUUAGUAUACCUGGGCAGUCAAACGCUUUUGGAUUCAUUCCCAGCGAGGCCAACUUCAUCAGACCUGGAAAACGGCCUCUUUCUAGUAUAAGCACCACUAUUGUCGAAGGACCCGACGGGAAGGUUUCGUUGGUGACGGGCUCUGCUGGUGGUAGUCGCAUCAUCACAGCUACUGUCCAGGUUGUUCUAAAUGCGCUGGAGAAGAACAUGACUGUUCAUGAUGCCCUGGCUGCGCCUCGUCUGCAUGAUCAGCUUGAACCGCGACAAGUCACGUUCGAAUACGCUUAUGACAACUCCACGGUUGCUUAUUUGAAGGAGAUUGGGAAUAAUGUUACGUGGGUUGCGCCUGGGCAGAGCACUGCUCAGGCUUUGAGGAGGUUACUGGAUGGGACAUUUGAAGCUGCUGGUGAGCCUAGACAGGCCAACUCUGGAGGAUUCUCAACUUAG